GGGAAGCGGGCUGGGGUGGCAGCCGGGCGGAGGGGCAGCUGCGCAGGCGGAAUGAGGAACGCCUGUGCUCUAAGGCGACCACCCUGGCAGCUCUUCACUGAGGGGCCUCGGUUUCCACAUCUGUCGCUUUCCGGUCCCAAGACCACCAGGAUCGACGGGGCUCUCCGGGAGGGUCAGCCCCUCCGGUGGCCCCAGUCAUGCAUCGGGGACGGAUCAGAAGGGCUGGGAGAGGGGUCGUGGGGAAGGCCCCAGAAAAAAGAGGAAGGAGGGAAGAUUUUGCCGGAAGCGGGAAAGCUAAGGGCUGGGCGGCGCGAGACCCCCAUUCCUAGCGACUGGGGCGGGCUGGUGGCACGCGCGGCAGACCCCGCGCCGGGAGGGUUAGGCCUCCCGGGACUCUCACCCGUCCGGGCCCUCCCACGUGUUUAGGUCCUCCCAAAAGUAUUCGGCCUCCGGCCCCUGCCCCUUCCCCCGGCUGGCCUGGACCUCGGGGACGCGGGUGGGGGGACCCCGUGGGAGCAGGGGGAUUCCGGACGGGGAGAGAGUCACGGUCGGGGAGAAGGCUGAGCGGGGAAAGGAGAGCGGGGCUCCGGGGACGGCAGGGGGGAGAGUGGGUAGUGCCGGAGACCCAGGGAGAGACAGAAUGGGCAAGUGGAGGGUGGGAGUGGGAACUGACUGAUUCCUGGCGUGGGCAGGGAACUUUGCUAAAACUGCAGGCCCCAGGGAACAGCGCGGGCAGGGUGGGAGGGAGCGGAGAGGACCAGGCGGACCCCAACGUCAAUUUGGAGAAAGGGCCAUUUCCAGGCUCCUUCACCUCUGCCCAGUGUUCUACAGGCCUGGCCCCCCCCCCCAGAGCAGGGCGCGGGAGGUGGCGGCUAGGGCUGGCUCAGAGAGCUGAGGGGCGCACACCCGCUUCGCAGGGCCAGGGUGACAAGGAAGCAUGCGACGGCUGCUGAUCCCGCUGGCCCUGUGGCUGGGCGCGGUGGGCGUGGGCGUCGCCGAGCUCACGGAAGCCCAGCGCCGGGGCCUGCAGGUGGCCUUGGAGGAAUUUCACAAGCACCCGCCCGUGCAGUGGGCCUUCCAGGAGACUAGUGUGGAGAGCGCCGUGGACACGCCCUUCCCAGCUGGAAUAUUUGUGAGGCUGGAAUUUAAGCUCCAGCAGACAAGCUGCCGGAAGAGCGACUGGAAGAAACCCGGGUGCAAAGUCAGGCCCAAUGGGAGGAAACGGAAAUGCCUGGCCUGCAUCAAACUGGGCUCUGAGGACAAAGUUCUGGGCCGGAUGGUCCACUGCCCCAUAGAGACCCAGGUUCUGUGGGUAAGAAGGGGCAAAGGUGCAGAGGUGGGGACAGGGCUGGGAAGAUGGAUGGAAGCUGAGCCUAUGGGCCGGUCCCGAGGCAGAAGCUUGGCCAAGGGGGAGGGAGGGCAGUGGGGGCUAGAAGGCGCUGUGCCUAGUUUGGACAUUCUCUAGGGGAUGUGGAGGUGGGCCUGGCCCAGGAUGCUGGCAGCCCUCCACUGGCACUGCCUGCCCCACUCUCCCGGGCACUGCCCGCCCCUCCUAUACUGCC